AUGGAGUCAACGCCACAGUUUCCACGCCUGAGGAGUCUAAAGCUUCAAACCGUCUUAUUCUCUGAUUACUCCAUGCUAGACGCCCUUUUGGAAGGUGAUCUUCGUGAACUGGAAGUAGACCCAGGACACGAUUCCUUAUACUCAGAGUUCUUCGAACAACGUGGUACUAUGCCUGCGUUGACGACGCUGGUCUGGGAUGGAAAGAUCAAAGCCGACCAAUCUCUCAGCUUCUUGCAAGCGAACACCCAGUUGUCGAAGCUUAGUUUCCAAUGGGAAGCCCCAGGCGUUUUCCUCGAGACUCGGCUGCUUCCUCUGCUCACGAAAUCAUUUCGACACUUGACCUCGCUAUCAUUAAAAUGGGAGGGUGACUCGAUCCCAGGUUCCGCGCUCGAAGCAAUUAGUUCAUUGGAAAUUCUUCAACAGCUCCAUCUCAGCGCUGGUCAUCAACACGGUUGGAGGUACAGUUGGUUCAUAGAUCAUGCGCUAAUGAGGAGCCGAUUAAAGAAAUUGACCUCUCUGAGGCGGAUGGCCUUCACUCGUGACAUCUAUGACAACGAGGUCGAGUGGUCUGCCCCGGAAAGAUAUUACGAAGAUAGAUUCCACAACGAUCUCGAUCUUGACGCAGACGAGGACGAAUGGGAAACCUGGCAUUGUGAAAGCAUGUUGUCCGAAGCGAGGAACUAUGCGAUGGAAAUUCCAGAUUUGGAAUGGGUUUACUUCGGACAGCUCUACAUGCGAGUUUCAAGGAAGGAUGAAUCGCAGGGUGGUGGCGCCCAUGCCUUCGCUCUAUCCAAAGAGAGAGACCAAUGGUGGACGUAUCUACGGGAGAUGUUUGGGUGGAAGGGGAUAUAG